GUUAUUUUACAAUGAUCAGAAAUGGAGUGAAUAUCUGUUGAAGGGAGUCAAACUGGAGCUACAAAGUAGAACCAACUCAAAAAAUACACAAGAGUCGUCGCGCAUGAAAAGAAAGAAUACUAUGCUAGUUCAGAGAGACUUUGUAGCCUUUGAGAUUGAUUCAGUUCCUGAGAAGCGUCCAUAUCUUCUAUCAAGAGAUUUUGUCUUCCUUAAACCGUUGAAUGAGUUUGCUGGACCUUUCAAGGGGAGACUCUUUCGGUUGGUGAAAAGCACAACUGUUCUAGUUGAAUUCGGAGACGAUUUCCAUUCACAGCAUUCUCCAGCCAAAAGAUACGAUGUUAGCUUCUCCUUCAAUAGAGUCUGCCUGAAGCGAGCCCACCAAGCCAUAUCAGUUGCAAGUGAUCCUUCAUUACACAAUGUCCUAUUCCCUGAUCAAACUGUCUCAUAUCACCCCAACACUUCGCACUUCAUCCCUGAUAAGGCAGUUAAAUUUCAGGACCAUGUAAGGAAGAUUUUGAAUCACAAAGGCCCCAUACCUUUUCUUGUGAAUGGGCAGCUGGUCCAAAACCUGUCGCCCACCGGACUGGUUAUUCAAUUAGCACUGGUGAAUAUUUACAGAACUAAUCCCCGCUGCAGAAUCCUUGUAUGUGCUCCCACCAACGAUACAUCUGAUGUGUUGUUGAGAAGUUUGAAGAAAGAAAUACCAGAUUCUAGUCUUUUCCGAGCUAAUGCUGCCUACCGAGAUUACGAUCUUGUGCCUGAUGACAUAAUUCCUGCAUCCCUAUAUGAGGAAGAUGGCGAGCGCUUCGCAUGUCCGCCACUUGCAGAGCUCAAAUGUUUCAAUAUAAUAACAUCCACCUUUAUGAGCAGCUUCAGGCUUUAUGCUGCAGGGCUUGAUUCGGAGCAUUUCACGCACAUAUUUUUAGCGGAUGCUUCUCUGGCUACAGAGCCUGAGGCAAUUGUUCCUCUUGCUCAUUUCGUUGGCAGGAACACCAUCGUUGUGGUCGCUGGCUGCUCAGGCAAAUCUCCUUAUUGGGUGCGAUCUGAUAUUGCUCGUAAGCACGGAUUGAAAGUGUCUUACUUCGAUAGGCUUCUCGCGAGGGAGCCCUAUCUGAGCAAUGAUUCUAUGUUUAUUGCUCGUCUUGCUUAGAUAAAUUGCUCGUAGUGCAGUGAUGGUUUUGGUUAUUUUGAUGUAGUAUCGCCCAGGAGAGUAUAACUGUAUAAGUAUGCUUUUCUAAAAGCUCUGUAUGUGAAUAUUGUUAAUUGUGUGUUUAGGGUUUAAGCUUCGUUUGGGAUGACUUUUUUUCGAUUUCUUAAAGCAUUUUUUUAAUACAAAAAUUAAAUUUUUUGUAUUUGAAAGUUACCUUUAAGAAACAGUAAAAAAGUCGUCCCAAAUGAAGCCUUUGCUGCCUUUUUGUGAAUAUUGUUAAUUAUUACUUAUAGCUUGAAGAUUA